AACAAAUGCAGAGUUUCAUCCAGAUGUAGUGAAGACAGCAUCCACUGCUUGUGAAGGAUUGUGCAAGUGGACGCGUGCCAUGGAAGUCUAUGACAGAGUGGCCAAAGUCGUUGCUCCAAAGAAAGAAAGUCUUGCCAUUGCAGAGCAAGAAUUGUCCGUACAAAUGGAGAAAUUGAACACUAAAAGAGCUGAACUAAAAGCUGUAUUGGAUAAGCUCCAGUCCCUCAAUGACGAGUUUGAUGCUAUGACUGCUAAGAAGGAGCAGCUCGAAGAGAACAUUGACAUUUGCUCAAAGAAGCUAGACAGAGCUGAGAAACUGAUAGAUGGACUGGGAGGAGAGAAGGACAGGUGGAGCGAGGCAGCAAGAGAGCUUGGACAAUUAUACGAUAAUGUAACAGGGGAUGUUCUUCUUUCCUCAGGAAUAGUCGCUUAUUUAGGAGCAUUCACUGUUGACUUUAGACUGGAGUGUGUCAGGGAAUGGCACCGGUUGUGUCUUAAUAAAGGUAUCCUUUGCUCUGAUCCAUUCUCAUUGAGUAAGACACUCGGACAGCCAGUGACUAUAAGGAACUGGCAGAUAGCAGGACUACCAGUUGACUCAUUCUCUAUUGAUAACGGGAUCAUACUAUCAAACUCUCGUCGCUGGCCGCUGCUCAUUGACCCACAGGGUCAGGCCAAUAAAUGGAUCAAGAACCUUGAAAGGCCCAAUAAACUAGCCGUUAUAAAACUCUCUGAUGCUAACUAUGCCCGUACACUUGAGAACUCAAUACAGUUUGGUACUCCAGUCCUCCUUGAGAAUGUUGGGGAAGAGUUGGAUCCACUCCUGGAGCCUCUGCUGCUCCGUCAGGUCUUCAAACAAGGAGGAGUGGAGUAUAUUAGACUGGGAGAGAAUGUCAUUGAGUAUAGUCAGGACUUUAGGUUCUAUAUAACUACGAGAUUUAGAAACCCACACUACCUUCCUGAAGUAUCUGUUAAAGUGUGUUUGGUUAAUUUCAUGAUUACUCCUACUGGACUGGAGGAUCAGUUGUUAGGUAUACUCGCUGCUAGGGAGAAGCCAGAAUUAGAAGAAAAGAAAAAUGAACUGAUAAUAGAGAGUGCAGCAAACAAGAAACAGUUGAAAGAAAUUGAAGAUAAAAUUCUUGAAGUUUUAUCAGCAGAGGGUAAUAUAUUAGAGGAUGAAACUGCUAUUAAGAUACUCUCCUCAUCAAAGACAUUAUCAGAAGAAAUACAAGCCAAACAAGAAGUUGCAUCAGCCACAGAGAAAGAAAUAGACGAGACUCGAAACGGCUACAAACCAGUCGCCUUUCACUCCUCAAUCCUAUUCUUCUGCAUAUCAGACUUAGCCAAUAUAGAACCAAUGUACCAAUACUCACUAACCUGGUUCAUUAACCUAUACACACAGUCAAUAGCUAAUAGUGUUAAAUCAACCGACCUGCAGGAAAGAAUAGCCAACCUUAAUGAUCACUUCACCCUUAGCAUAUACAACAAUGUCUGUCGGUCUUUGUUUGAGAAGGAUAAACUAUUAUUCUCUAUAUUGCUCUGUAUUGGGUUACUUAAGGGACGUGGGGAGGUGGAGGACGAGAGUUGGAGGUUCUUGCUCACUGGAGGCGUGGCUUUAGAGAACCCUCACCCAAACCCUUUCCCUUCUUGGCUGUCAGAUAAGUCGUGGGGUGAGAUAGUCAGAGCAUCUAAUUUACCAGAGCUGAAAGGACUAAUGAAUGACUUCAGUCCAGAAUGGAAGACACUGUAUGAUUCUCCUACUCCUCAUGAGACAAAAUUUCCUAAUCCAUGGGAGAUGAAAGUCAAAGGACUGCAUCGUAUGAUUGUUCUGAGGUGCAUAAGACCAGAUAAGAUAGUCCCUGCUGUUCAAAACUUCAUAACUGAUAAAAUGGGACAGCAGUACAUUGAGCCGCCUACCUUUGAUCUUGCCGGUAGUUUCUCUGACUCUCAUUGCUGUGCUCCUCUUAUAUUUGUACUCUCACCUGGUGCCGACCCAAUGGCUGGACUGUUAAAGUUUGCUGAGGAUAAAGGAUUUGGUGGGAGUCGCUGUCAAACCAUAUCUCUAGGACAAGGACAGGGUCCUAUAGCUGCUAAGAUGAUAGAUCAAGCUAUUGCUGAGGGCACUUGGGUUGUACUACAAAACUGUCACUUGGCCACAUCAUGGAUGCCUAAACUAGAGAAGAUAUGUGAAGAAGUUAUUAUACCAGAGAAUACACACAAGGAGUUCAGGCUCUGGCUGACAAGCUAUCCUUCUGAAGACUUCCCUGUCUCUAUACUACAGAAUGGUGUUAAAAUGACUAAUGAGCCUCCCAAAGGAAUGAGAGCUAAUCUCCUUCGUUCAUACCUCAACGAUCCAAUAUCUGACAAAACAUUCUUUGAAAACUGCAAUAAAGUAUGUACAUGUAUAUGUGUAUAA